AUGAUGAUGAUGAUGAGCCGUGUGAUGUGUGUGUUGGCCGUCGUGCUGUGCUGUGCCUGCGGGUAUACCAUGAAGGCUGCUGCUGUUGUUUCUUCUCCUCGGCCUGAUGCUGUUCGUGCUGUUACUACUGAGGAACAGCCAAAGAAGUUUAAUACUAGUGGUAUGUUUGGAUGGGAAGAUUUUCUUAUAAACGCAAGCAUUAAGCAUAUGUGUAAGCACCCUAAUACUACUGUUGAUAACGUAAAGUGUUCGGCGAGGGGACUUCCUGAGACGGCAAGUAAUGUGGCGGAUCAUGAUAGUGGAUUAACCUCACAGAAUCACGAACAACAGCAAGGAGACACAAACAUGGAACAACAAGGAGGUCGUCAAGAACAAGCAGCAGGACCAUCGAUACCAAAUCAACCUGAUGUUGUGGCGCCAUCCGAAGAUCGUGUGUUGGAAGAAAAACCACAAAAUGGAAUGGAAGACGGCAAAGCAGUAAAGCCUUCCAGUGCCUCUGAAGAUGAAGAACACAAACAGGAAACAGAAGCAACAGACGGUGCCACUACAACACAAAGCCAAAAUAACGGGAGUGAUCCUGCUACACACGGUUCUGCAGAAUCACUGAGCAACACAUCUGAAAAUAGUACACCUGCCGACUCUAAUCUUAACCAGCAAUCUCCAGAAGCUGCAGGUGCAACUGCCGCAUCAAACUCACAAGAAACCAAUUCCACUACUCCGACGAACCCCGACAACACUACCACAGAAGCACCAACCACCACAACAUCUCCUGUUCCUGUACCCAACGCAGAGAUCAGCAGCACCAUCGUUUCCACUGUACAGAAUAACAAGGUUAAUGCUGACAGCAGUCUCAGUCCUGUGUGGAUGCACACUGCAGCACCGCUGCUGAUUGUGGCUGUGUUGUUCUUCUUUACCGUGUACUAA